AUGCCGACUCGCAACGACAUCAUCAUCGCCCUCGCCCUCUAUCUCCCAAUCCUGCUUGCCCUGCUCUUCUACCUCAGCUCACCAGCCAACUUCCUCGCCCGCACCUAUGGCCCAACUGCGCUCGCGAUCUACAAGCAGCUCAAGCCAUACCUGAUCGGUUCUCUGCAGUCUAGUUUCGUCAUCAUGCUCGCCAUUGGUCUGUAUUCAGUACUGGACCGGAUGUGGUGGUUUUGGAAGAGGAAUGAGCUCUUUGAGCCGCAUAAUGCUCUGGAAAUUGGAAUCAUCUAUGUCUAUGCUUUGGCGGGGAUGGUGGCUAUUUUCAAUCGGUCGGUACCGAACGUUGGCGGGAGUGCUCCGGUACGAGUCUUGGGGUGGAUCUGGGGGGUCACUGAGGUUUGGGUCUUUGAGCCUGUUGGGAUGUGUGUACUCGCCGUCUGGCAAUGUUGCCACGUCCUUGUACGCACGUUCGUUGACCGCGCCAACCCCGGGAAGGAGACAAGUCUCAAGCUUGACGACACGACUCCGGAAAAAGACAAUACUGCAAUUUCUGCCGUCCUGGUCGACGGUGGCCAGGAGGCUGAACCCGAGCUGCUUGAUGGAUCUGCUAGCCCUACGGAUUCCCGUAACAGUGACAACGCCCUCGAAACAGAAUCGAACGCCUGGGCAACCAUAGCCGACGACCAGAGCAGCCAUGAGGCCGAUGACAAGCUCAAGGGCGCCAAGGGAAGGAGUAUCGCCUCUGCUGUCUUCAUCACUCCGGGCCUGAAGAGUCCAAAGCCCCACGAUGGCGGUCUCGUCACUCCCUCGCCAUCGCCAGCGGGUCGUGCCAUGGUAGCGACGGCGGAAAAUCCUUGCCCCGGCUGGACAGCGCCUGAGAAUAUGGGACGCUGA